CAUUGCCAACGCGAGUUCGUUCUCCGAAUCGGAAUCCCGUUGGAUCAAACGCCGAAACCCUAACGAAGAAAGACCUCAACACAAUGUUUUCGUUUUCUGGUUAAUCCAAAAAGUAUCGGAAGCAUUAUCCCCUCAACAAGACGUUGCUUUUUCUGAGUGUGUGUGUGUAUAUAUAUUUUUAUAUAUAUAAUAUGGACAUGGACAGUGGAGGCAAAGGAAGAGACGAGGAACAAGACGGCAUGUCCGUUCAUUCUCCUUGCAAAGCUCCCCUUUCCUCUGCUUCUUCUCUCCCCAAGGAGGAAUCACAGGUCGAAUUAGAGCUUAGAUUGUUGGAAGCGCUGGAAAUUUAUCCUCCGGUUAAACUACAAGGAAUACAUCGCCACUUUGUCCUCUAUGGUUUGAUGGAAUUUCUUCGGAAAAGCUUUGACCGCCGCUUUUCUGCUGAUGAGGUGCUGCAGUUGCUGGAUCGCUUUUACAACUUAGAAAUGCUGAAACCAGAUGACGAGGAGACGGAAAUCCUGAAUCACGAGGAAGAUUUUUGCUUGCCCCAAAGUUUUUUCAUCAAAGAAGAAUCAUAACUGCCAAUUUUGGCGCAGACUUGAUGGGAGAUAAUCGAUGUUGCUUUUAGAAGGUUUUAAUGUGAUAUAUUCCUUUUGAGUUGCCUCUCCAA